GGAUAAAUCAGAGAUCCUUUCCUGUUCAUUCGGUCAGGAUGGAUUUCCUCUGCUUUCUCUGGGUCCUAGCCAUCAUAGAUGGAGUAAGACCAAACCCUAUAGUGACCAGCGUACAGCCAGUUAAUAUUGGAUAUGGAGGGGGAACAAUAACAAUCCUUGGAGAUGGUUUCUCAGAGGACGUUUUCAACCAGUUCGAUCCAGUUCUAGGAAACAAGGUCUGGUUUGCCAAUGAGUUUGUCUCUGUAUCCUGUCAGACUCCGAUCAACUGGAAUUUCCUAUUGGAGAAUCCCCAGGACUCCUCAACUACAAAGAUAACCUGCGAUCUGCCCCCAAGGGUUGGAUUAAAAGGAUCAGAUUGGUUCAAUCUUAUCUUGAAGGUUGAUGGUGUUGAGGUGGAAAAUAGCAAGGCUGUCAGGUAUGUAAACGGAUUGACACCCCUUGUAAGAGAUGUAUUCCCUAAGUAUGGUAAACCAGGAGAUCAAGUGUCUCUGGUAGGGAGAGUUUUUACCAAAGAAUAUGGAAAUGUAAACUUUGGUGAUGUGAAUGAUAGAAGGGAUAUCAGCAUCAUGGCAAUCUUGAUGGGCUCUAGAGAAUGUGUACUUACUGAUGAACUUGGAAAUGUCUUUAACAUGACAUUAGAUUCUCCAACAAGCAAUGAAGGGUCCUUGACAUGUGUUCCUGGUGGAUCUUAUAUUGGUCCUAUGAAUGCAACAAUUUUUGUGUCCAGCCAAUAUGGUAAAUCCUUGGUUGACAAGAACGGAGAUGGUUACUCUGUUAAUUCUAAGAAUCAGCUGUUUAUGUACCAUACAUUGCCUGAAAUUACAUCUGUCACUCCAAAUGUUGGAGCUACCACAGGCAGCACACAUGUCAAGAUUAAAGGAAAUAGUUUUGAUUCAUAUUCUGGGAAUACUAUUGUACAGAUAGGUAACACACCUUGCAAUAUAAUAAAUGUAUCCAAAAAUGAAUUAGUCUGUUCUACCCCUGCGGAAGAUACCCUGACUCAGUCUAAUGCUGGAACAAGAGGAUUGCUUUACGAAAUUUGGACUGAAACAGAAGGAGAUGUUUCAACUCUAGACUCUUCAGCAGCUGAUUAUCAUUCCAUGACAUUAGAUGGCAGUUCUUUAAUUGGACCAUUUUUCAAUGAAACAAAUGGGUUUUCAGCUAAAUUAAGUGGACUUUUUGUUGCCCCUUAUUCUGGAAAUAUUUCAUUUUAUCUUACUGCUUCGGAUUCUGCAUCACUCUAUUUAAGUACAGAUGAAAAUCCUGAAAAUAAGGUAGAGAUCAUUUCACACAAUGCAGCUGUUACUAGCAUGCGCAAUGGAAGACCACACUCUGGUGUAAUAGAAGUUAUUGGAGGAGAACAUUAUUAUAUGGAAGCUGUCCAUACUCAAAAAAGUUCUUCUCCAGCUGAAAAUAUGCUUGCAGUUGGCUUGUGGGAGUUUGAAACCAUGUAUCAUUCAUAUCAAACAACUAAAGCUACUGAUGAACGUCAGCGUUUAGAAAUGAUUUAUAACAGAAAAUUUGAAACCCAAUUUGUUGUCUUCAACAACAUUCCUGAAGGGACAGAUAUUAUCUUUACACACGAAGGAAAGAAUGCUAAAGAACCAAUAAACCUAAGCAGGCCAGGCGAUUUUUCUAGAAUUUUCACAGACAUGCUUACAUACAGCUGUGAAUAUCUAAAUAAAAACAGUCAAUACAAGCAAAAUUUUGAAGUUCCUGGCAAAUGGCUUCCAGGUCAAGGUGGAUAUGUUCAAGAAAAUGUUCAAGCUUAUUGUGGUGCAAAGGCACUCGAAAAUCAGAACAGAAUCAUGAGCACUUACAAUGAAGAUGAUAGUAAUAUCAAUGCAGGAAGAGCUCCCUGGCUAUGUUUCGCUGCAAUGGGGUCUUCUUACUCUGGAUCCUUAAACAUCUUGUAUGUCUAUGAAGAUGAUUUAGGGAAUGAAAAAUCCACAUGGAUGACUAUUUCAAACCUUUGGACUCCUUCAAAUGAGUGGUCUUACCAGUGUAUAGAUAUGUUUGCAACUGCAAAGAACACAACCAUUUCCACUUUAACACCCAAAGCAAAUUCUAAGAUAGAAGUUCAAGAUAUAACAUUAGGACUGGGUGCAGUAACUGGAAAAUACUACUUAGAUGAAAUUACAAUCUCUUCUUCCAAGGUAGAAAUUGAAAGAACCAAACCAGCACUUGGCAGUGACUUAGUAAUGGUAAAGGAGGUCAAUGUAAAUCCAUUAUCAGAUACAGAGUAUGACUUGGAAAUAGUUCCAUGGACCUGCAAUAGUCAAGCUGAAGACUUUAGCUUAUUAGGAGUAAAAGAUGCAGAAAUAGUUGGAUUAUCCACCUCCUCAAUGAGCGCAGAAGAGGCGUGGAAUGCAAAAUUAACCUUUUUAAGCCAGCGGGAGUCUGCUACCUUCAGAUCAUCUUCUUGGGGAUCUGGCACUAUCACUGUUUCAAGAAAAGUGAGAGGAAGUAGGAAAAUGACAGGGUCUUUUAAUUUAUCCUACAAGAAUCAGGCAAUUUCCCUCCCUCCAUAUCCAACUGAUUCUUCAUUGGCUGCUGCUCUCGAAGCAUUUGGAAUGAUUGGAGUCAAAACCACCUUUGUAGACAAUAAGUGCUUUAGUACAAUCAUUGACAUCAGUUUUGAAAACUCUCUUUCUGGAGAUGUAGAACAAAUUGAAAUUGACACAUCAAAUCUUGUAAUUGAUGAUGAUGGCUCAAACUCUAAUACAUUCACAAUGUCCACAAGAUGGAAUGGUGGAAUGAUGAUUUCUGCACCUGGUGGAGAUUUUUUCAGAAAAAUAUCUUCAACUAUUAGUGUGAAUGUUUUUGUUAAUGGCUUUUUAUCUGCCUGCUCUGCACCUGAUUGUUCAUAUGCAUAUGAUGCAUCUAUGACUCCUUCUGUAUCUUCUGUCUCUGAAGAUACUUCAAAUGGUAGUAUAAUCUUGACCAUCUCUGGCAGUGGAUUUUCUUUAAUUCCCUCUGAGAAUAUUGUGCAAGUUGGAGAUCUUAAAUGCACUCCUAUAUCAUCAACAAUAUCUUCCAUAGAAUGCACCCUAUCACCUGGGCCUGCUGGAGAUUAUCAAAUAACUGUUGUAGUGGCCAAUGCUGGUCUUGCAACUGGAGGACCUUUGACAUAUACCCUUCCCAUUGAGAUUUACAGCAAUUCUCCGUCUCAGGGAAGCCUUGGAGGUGGAACUACUAUAACUGUUCUGGGAUCUGGUUUUCCUGGAUCCUUAGAAGACUGGUCAGGUGGAAGUGUAUCAAUUGAUGGUAAUAAGUGUUUUAUUACAGAUUCCUCAUUCAGCAGUUUUAAGUGUAUAACAUCUCCUGUGAGUAUUGGAAGUAGGAAAAAGAGAUCAGUUUCAGAUAUUACCAUUAAUUUUAAUGGAAACACUGUUUCUGGAGGAUCUUAUACCUAUGAUCAAUCCUUAACUCCUGUAGUAUCUUACCUAUCUAAGUCUGUCUCAACCCCUAUUGGAGGAGAAGAACUUAUAAUUGAAGGGUCAGCUUUUGGAGCUGCUUGGGGAACUGUAACAAUCGGUGAUAAUGAGUGUUCAAUAUCUUCCUGGAAAGCAUCUAAAAUCAUUUGCAUUCUACCUGGAAAUGGAAAUGGAACUUAUCCAGUUCAUGUUUCUGUACCUGGAAAUGGGUAUGCAGAUGUUAAAAAUGUUGAUGAAUUAAGAUAUAUUUUUGAAGUAACCCAAAUGUCUCCAACAUCAGGCUCUCUGAUGGGAGGUACACUUAUCAACUUACAAGGUGCAGGAUUUGGUGACUGCUCAAGUCUUAGUGUUUUAUUUGGAAAUAUUUUUGACUGUAACAUCAGAAAAUGCAGUGAUUCUGAAAUUGAAUGUCUGACAGUCAAGAAAAGCAAAGUUAAACAAAUUGUAAAUUCAGGGCGUCAUCCUACAUAUGGCCCUGGUUAUAAAUGGUCAGAAACAGACGUAACCAUCAAUCCAGGAGACACAAUAGAAUGGGUUUGGAAUUUACAAGUUGCUUCAGAUGAAACCCAAAUAUCUGUUCAUCAAACUGAUAAUGAGGCUUCAGAUUUGUAUAAUGGUUUAGGAUUUAAAAGCAUGAAAAGUGGAAAAGGAAGAUUUACUAAAAAGUUUUUGAACACAGGAGUAUAUUAUUAUUCUUCUGAACCAGUAUUUCAAGGCAGCCUGUUUAUGAAAGGUAUUAUUAGAGUAGUAAACAUCACAGAGGACAUUGAUGCACCUUUAUCAGUUUCAAUAAAUGAAAUUAAAGCCAUGCAUGAUGUUUCAAUAAAUGAAGUACCUGUGGUGUUUCCAGAUUGUUCAGUUAGCAAUGACUUAGCUUGCUCUUCAACACCCAACUCUGUGAGUGAAUACAUUUUCAGAGCUGCUUCAUGUCUUACACCAAGACUUAAUGAAAUACAAAUUUCAGAGAGCAGUAUCAAUAUAACAGGAAGUAAUGCAUAUUCAGGAUCUACAUUAACAUUAUCUGGCUCUGGAUUUUCCUCAAAUCUUUGUCAAAACAAUGUGAAAUUAGGAAGCAGCAAAUGUUCAGUUAAUUCUGCUACUGAAUCUGAAAUAGUUUGUACUAUAGAUGGUUCUGAUUCACAGUUAACUUCCCUUGAAAAACAUGAAAUUCAGUUAUCUAUCCUGAACUUGGGAAAUGCUGUUUUUGAAACUGCAAAUGGGCAAGGCUCUGAUAUAGUUCUUGUUCCCAGAAUUGAUAGUGUAAACACAGUUGCUGGAAGUUGGGCUGGGGGUAAUAUUCUUAUACUCUCUGGAUCAGGACUUAUUCCAGAAGGAGGGCAAGAUACAGUAUUUGUUACUUUUGGGGAAUAUCCUUACUCAAUGGGUUGUGCAGUUGUUGAAGUAACAUUUAACAACAUUAGCUGUGUUGUUCCAGAUUUUUCUGCCUUUAAAGGCUCAAAAACCUCAGAGACAGUUCAAGUCUCUAUAGCUUUAGGCUAUAAUUCCUUUAGCCCCAUAAUUCCUGAGCAGAUUAGCUAUGAAUUUAAAGACUCUUUAACAUCAUCAGCUUUGUCAAUGGAUUCCUCAACAGUAGUUGUAAAUGACGUAGUUCAAAUAACAGGAAGCAACUUCAACGGCCAGGUCAAAGUCUACUUAAGAAAAACAGAUGAUCUCAGAAUAAAGAGGAGAAGUCCAUUGAAGAAAAGAGAAAUUGAAGGCUUUGACGGAUUACAUUUGGGAGAAUCUACUAUUAGCUUUUGGUCAAUAAUUUCUAAAGAGCCCAUAAAUUGGAAAUGUGCUGAUGGAAAUUGUGAUCAUGAGACAUUAACUGAGGGCAUGUCAUCUAAUCCAUCUGAAAGGAGGAGAAGAUCUGCAGAAGAAGUAAUAGAAUUGCAAUAUCUAGCUGAUUACGAUGAUUCCAAAAUCUUAAAUGCAGUUUGCAUGUCUGAUGUUUCUAAAUGUUUGCAUUUCUUGGAAAAUCAAAAUAACCAUAUAGUUGUUAAGAGAUCUACAGAGGAAGAAUUGCUUGAAAUGUCUCUAGGAAGUCAAUCUUAUGAAGUAGAAAUUACAUCAUCAACAUCUUCAUCAGUGACAUUUUCAGUUCCUGCUCUGCCAGCUGGAAGCUAUGAUGUCAUUGUAUUUGUGGAAGGUCAAGGAAAUGCUAUUAGUUCUCUUAGCUCACUAUUGAGUAGUAUGGUAGUAAAUGAAGUGCAACCUAAUUCUGGUUCUGUUCAUGGUGGCCAAACAAUAAUAAUAUCUGGAAGUGGUUUCUGCACAAAUGAAGGAUUAACUAAGGUCUUAAUGGGUGGAGAGAAAUGUGUUGUUGUAAAUGUUACACCUGGAACUGUUGAAUGCAUUACACCCCCAGGAGCUGAGGGUAUCACUGAUGUUCAUAUAGAAUCAUGUAGCUUGCCUGCAUCUGGACAAUACACAUAUGCUUUAGCUAUGUCACCAGAAGUAACCAAUAUAACUCCGGAAUCUGCAUCUGGUCCUGUGAGUUUGACAAUUGAAGGAAGCAAUUUUGGUUCUAAUUCAGUUGUACUUGUAGGCAAUGAGGUAUGCAGUAUCACUUCAAACACUGAUUCAGCCAUAUCUUGUGACCUUGUUGGACUUUCAGGUGGACAGUACAACAUCAUGGUUAGAAAUGUAGAUCUUGGACUUUCAAACUUUAAUAUUCUUUUUACUUCUGUUCUCACUCUUGACAGUGUAAAUCCUGUCUCUGGUAGCUUUGGAGGUGGAUCGGUUCUGAUACUUGUUGGAGUUGGCUUUGAUGAUUUGGUAAUUCCCAAAGUGACUGUAUGUGGUAAUGUGUGCAUAAUAAAGUCAAUUUCAACAACUGAAAUACAAUGCUUAUCACCAGAAAACACAAGCAGUGGCUCUACUGAAAUAUGUGAUGUUCAAGUAAAUCAAUCAUCUGGGUCAGUAACAGCUUCUUCAUCUUUUACGUAUGAUAAAGAUCUUACACCCAUUGUAACUUCUAUUACCCCAGCAAGAGGAGGAACUGGAGGGGGUACAAGGAUUACAAUCAGCGGAGCAGGAUUUUCUUCAACUGGCAAUACAGUUCAUAUCGAUGGAAGUAUUUGCGAUAUUGAAUCUGAGUCUAGCACUGAAAUCUCUUGUUACACUAACUUCCACAAUGGAGCAAUUGAAGCACCUGUAAUAGUAGAGGUUCCAUCACAGGGCUAUGCUAAUUAUGAAAAUAUUGAAAAUGCCAUUUUCUUUUAUAUAGAUCGGUGGUCUUCAAUUUGGACAUGGGGAGGCACUGGUACACCAAUGAAAGGAGAAUACAUUGUCAUUACCAAUGGUCAAACCAUUUUACUAGAUGAAUCAACUCCAAUUCUUAAAUUUCUGUUGAUUAAGGGUGGUACUUUAAUAUUUGAUAAAGAGAAUCCAGACAUUGAACUGCAGACUGAGUACAUUCUUAUAGUUGAAGGAGGAAAACUUCAAAUUGGUACAGAGGAAGAACCAUAUGAAUCUAAGGCAACAAUUACCAUGCACGGAAAUGUCAGAUGUACAGAAUUGCCUGUGUUUGGAUGCAAGGUUAUUGGAGUGAGAAAUGGAACUUUGGAUCUUCAUGGAGAAUAUGUGCCUGUAACAUGGACUCAUUUGGCAGAGACUGUAUCUGCUGGAAGUAAUGAGUUUGUUCUAAAACAACCAGUAACAUGGAAAUCUGGAGAUCAUAUUGUCAUUGCCACUACAUCUGACAGAAAUAGUAUGAAAGAAAAUGAAGAAAGAGUAAUUGAAUCUGUGUCUGCUGAUGGAUAUACAGUUUCUCUAACUGAACCAUUGUUAUAUAAUCACAUCUCAAUUGUCCAAACAUUUGGAGAUAGAGAAGUGGAAUCUAGAGGAGAAGUUGGUUUACUCAGUAGGAAUAUAUUAGUGCAAGGUUCUAUGAAUGAUGAGUUUGUGGAAGUCCUGCCAGCCUGUGAACAGGAGUUUAAUUCUGGUGCAGCCUUUUCCGACUCAUUGCAAACAUGCUUUUCUGGGAAAUUUGGAGAAGAGUUGGGUCAUGAUGAAAUGGGUGCAAUUAUCAUUCUCAGUCCCAAAUAUAAAGAUCAAGGGUUAGUUGAAGCAAGGAUUGAAUAUACUGAAUUUACCAAUGUUGGUCAAGCUUUUAGAGUAGGUAGAUAUCCAAUUCAUUUCCAUCUUCCUGGAAAUAUGAGUGGAAGCUACAUUAGAGGAAACGCCAUUCAUCAUUCAAAUAAUAGGGCAUGUACUUUACAUGAUGUGUCAAAUCUAUUAGUUGAACAUAAUGUUGCAUAUAAUAUCAAGGGAUUAACAUUUUUCCUUGAAGAUGGAGUAGAACAGCACAACACCUUACAGUAUAACUUGGCAGUGUUCACAAGAAUGUCUAAUAGUCUUUUAAAUCCUGACAUCAAUCCAGCUAGCUUUUGGAUUGUAAAUCCUAACAACAAAUUUAGGCAUAAUUCAUGUGCAGGAGGUACUCACCACUGCUUUUGGCUGCGACCUGCUAGAGUUCCUGAUGGUCCAUCCUUCACCAGAAAUUUUUGUCCCUUCAAAGUUCCUUUUGAUGAGUUUCAUAACAACACUGCUCACUCAAUGGGUUGGUAUGGCUUCUGGAUUAUGGGUCAAAGCAAUCAUGUUAAUUAUGAUCCACACUCAGGGGAUAUCUCUUCAGGAUAUUGUAUGGGAGAGCGAAUCUCCACUACCAUUGGUUCAUUCACAACAUGGAAUAACAAGAGAGGAUUUGAAAUUGUCAGUGGUGCUAAUAUUAGGCUUGAAAAUCAAACUCACAUGGACCAUGACUUUGCAGGUUUUGAAAUAUUUACUGCAACAGGGCCUUAUGGAAAUGAUGGACCCGGUAUUUUUAAUUCUAUAAUUGUUGGUCAUUCUGAAAUUUCUGCCCUCACAGAAGGAAAGUUAGAUUCAUGUACACCUGGAGGAAUAAGAAUCACUGAUGAUGGCUAUACUAUCAAGGAUGUUAAAUUCUUUAACUUUGAUCGAGAUUGUUAUGCUAUGAAUAUAAGACUCUUUGAACCUGGAGCAGCUGUAAAUGCUGUAAGAAUUGAAAAUGUUGAAUUCAUUAAUUCCCCAAACAAAAUAUAUUUGGAAGAUGGACAAGAUCAAGGAGCCUGGUUUUAUGAUGUAGAUGGUUCACUUACAGGGACAGCAGAUUCUCAAGUUGUUGGGAAAAGCUCAACAAAUCCAUCCUCAUGUGUUCCUGACUCUACUGAUGAGUUUGGAUCUGUCAAUCUUGGAGGUCAUGCAGUAUCAGUUUGUCCCGGAUCUGUUAAGUUUCACAGGGUAAAAAUUGUAGGGGAAAAUUCUCCCUCUUCUCUCAAGUAUAAUCCAGUGACAUUUAAAACUGAAAAUGGCAAUUCUAGUAGAAAUUGGGGUAAAAUGCUUUCAGGUUGGCAUGCAUUAAUGUCUGAAGAAGGAGUUAAUUGGCUGAUAUUUGAUUCAAGUGAACAUGUAACCAAUAUAUCAUAUACAGUGUCUGUUGGAGGAAUGUAUCCUGAUGGCGGAAAUUUUGUUUUAGUUGGCCAUGAGUUUUAUCAAACACCUGACAGAUUCUCCAUAGUUGAGGGAGAAAGUGCUUUGGUAAAUUCUUCAGCUGCCCUUACAGAAUACCCCUCUUAUGAUAAUAAUGAAAGUGGGGAUUGGUACUUCAAUAAUGAGACAGCUGAUGGCAUCCCUAAGAUGGUUUACAUACUGUCUGACAAAGGUCCCACAGGUUGGUCUAAAAAGAAAAGAGAAGCUGUUGAAGGAACUACCCCACAGGAGUUUUGGGCUAAAGGAGCUUUUACAGUUUAUAAAUGUCAAUAUGAAAACUGCAUACCCCCUCCUCCUCCAACCCUUCCUCCUGGAAGACCUCUUGAUUUUCAUAAGUGGUCAAAUGAAUCAGCUUGGCAAAGCUUUGAUGCCCAACUUCCAACUGAGGGGGAUACUGUCAUAAUACCUCCAGGAGUAUGGAUGGUAAUGGAUAUAGAUCCCCCUCCACUCAAAAGAAUAUAUCUUUAUGGUGGUCUUGAAAUAAUGGAUAAUACUGAUCAUACACUGGAAGUAGAAAUUAUUCUUGUCCAAGGAGGAAAGUUUGAGUGUGGAACACAAGAUAUACCUCAUGUUAACAAGUUUGAAUUAAUUCUUGUUGGUAAUCAUUUUACUGAGGAUAUGACUUUACCAAAUGGACCAAAUCUGGGGUCUAAAGCACUUGGAGUUUUUGGUUUUCUUGAUAUGCAUGGGUUAGACACAGGGGUCAGCUUUAUGAAAAUAGCAUCGACUAUUAAUGUUGGAGAUACUACAAUUGAGCUGGUACAACCAGUUUCAUGGACAGUUGGAAGCGAGAUUGUCAUAAGCACAACCUCAUAUGAGUUAAAGGAAACAGAAAGGCGUAAAAUUACAGCAAUUACUGGAACCACAAUUACGGUAGAUGAACCAAUGGAAUUUAGGCAUACUAGUAAAGUCACUACUUUAGCAGAUGGAACAGAAAUAAAAAUGAGUGGAGAAGUUGGACUCCUAACUAAAAAUGUUAGAAUAGUUGGUAAUGAUUAUCCUGAAAUUGCAGAGGAAGAAUUUGGUGCAAGAGUUCUAGUUGGUUCAUUUGAGCAGGAUGAUAUAGUGUACACAGGUUUUGCACGAUUCUCUAAUGUAGAAUUUUCUAUUGCUGGACAAGAAGGAUGGUUUGAUAACUAUGAUCCCAGAUAUGCACUUGCAUAUUUGGACACUGGAGACUCAAUUGAUGCAAAUGGGGCACAAAAGGCAAUGGAAAGUUAUGUUAAAAAAUGCUCAUUUAAUCAUAUUUACAAUUCUGCCAUUGGAAUUUUUGGCUCAAACAAUAUUCCUGUUGAAGAUAAUGUAAUAUAUCGAUUCCUUAAUGAUGGAAUCUUAGAUGAAGGGAUUGGAAACAGAAUUAUUGGAAACCUUGUUACCAUGGGAGAAGCUGUGGCCAGAAUUAAAAUGCAAGUAUUCAACACUAUGUUUUUUGGCUGCAUAAACAAUAGAAGAGCUACCAACACCAUGCUCAUUAACAACAUAGUAGCUGGCUGUGCCCAAGGAGGGCUCUAUACCAUUGGAUCUCCCUGUGAAAAUGAUUUUACCAUUUUAGGUAAUGAAAUUCACUCUACCAUGCAUGGAGUUCACCUGGACACUUAUGGAACAAACAGACCUGUGUCUGGAUGUGUUAAACUAAGCAACAUACUCACCUGGAAAAAUUAUGAUUAUGGAAUUCAAUCUAGAUCAGAAAAUAGUGUUCAGCUCUCUGAUAUGAUUGUUGUGGACAAUGGAGUUGGUGUACUUCCCUACAUUUUUGGUCCUUCUGCAGAUUCUCAUCUCUCAGAAGAUAAAUAUUUUACACUUGAAAACUCGCAUAUUGUUGCUGUUUCUGAUAGUUAUGAUUGUGCAGAGGAAGCACUUCCAGAUGCAUUCUUAGCCCCUAUGGAAAAGAAAAGGAAAUGGGUCGGAAGGGGUAUUAAGGUAAGUGAUUGGAAAGCACAUCAUACUGGAUUGCUGUGGCCAAUAUUUCAGUCUAAAUAUGGGAAAAAGGAUCUACCAUGGCAUCAACCUACUAAAAGUGCAGAAGGAUCUAACCCAGCCUUGAGAGGUAUAAUGAACCUAAGAAAUGUCACUUUUGCCAAUUUUGGAAUUAAUUGUGGAGCAAAUGAUAUUGUUUUCCGCACAAACUUUAAUGAGGAUGACAUGAAUUGGCCAAUAAAUGCUUCUGAAAUUAAGUAUGUAGCUGUUGAAAAUGCUCUUAAGAUCUAUAUUGAUGAGCCAAACAAAAGCAAAAUAAACCCAGCAGAUUGUACAGAUUUUGAUUGUGAUGGCCUGAAGAAAGCAUUGAUAUUUGACAAUGAUGGCUCUGUUGCUGGAGAUUUAAACCCUGGCACUAUUAUACCAGAUUCAGGAUUUGAAUGGGAUGGCAAUCCAGCAAGAGGAUUAGGCUACUACAGAGUUCCUAAACCAAUGAUCACAACACUAAAUGGGAAUAAGAUUAAGUAUGCUGACAAGAUGCCAAAUACAGGAAUUUACCGAGAUGAAUCUUGUGUAUACAAUGAAAAUUGGAGGGCUUUCAAAUGCCAGGGAAUAAAUCACAGAAUUAUGAUCAUUGAGUCAAUGGAUAGGGAUACCAAAAUUAGAAGACUUUCUCCUGUUGCAGUUCUAGCAAAUCCAGGUUCCAAUGGAUUUAUAGACUUGGUUAAUGGUCCACAAGAUUUUUCUUGUUGCCAUGGUUAUACCUGUGCUGAAAGGCUCUCCACCAUGUUUACUAUGGUGGCAACUGGUAUUGAGUAUGAAAUAAUGUUUUCCAGCACACCACCUCAAAACAUGAGACUUCACUUGCUUCACAAUGAUGGAGGUGAAGCAGUACUUGCAAAAAUAUAUUUCCCUGUUCAGCAAAGGUUAGAUAUAUAUGUAAAUGAUAGGUUUGUUAUGCCUAACAACAUUGAUAAUUCUAAAGAUAGAUAUUCCCUAUUGCCACCCUCAGACUCAUUCAUUCCGGCAUUAACUGAAACCAACGGAGCCAAUUAUUUUGAUCCAACAAGUGGCCAUUUAUAUGUUAAUGUUAAAGGUCCUUCAACCAUUGACAUCAAAACACAACCUAUUGUUGUUCUCAAAUUAGGAAUGACUGUACCAAUUGAAAACUUCUUUGAAGAGAAUGUUAUCGCAAACAUUGCUGGGUUACUUGGAAUUGAUGCAUCAAAUAUAAGAAUUACUAAUAUUGUUCGAGAGGGAAGUGUUGGUAAAAAAAGAAGUGCGGGAGAAACAAUCACUUCUGUUGAAUUUGAGAUUGCUCCUCCACCUUCUGAUGUUCUUGUAAACUUCAUGCCUGAGGAGUAUACUUAUGUCACCCCAGAAGGAUCUUUUACUGAAAACCCUCUUUAUUCUACAACAUCAACAACAACCUCAACAACCCCCUGGAUAUCUCCACCUAAUCAUCUGUCAUUUGAGGACCUCCAAAAAAUAGAAUCUACAUUGGCUAAUAAUUUCCAGGCAGGAACACUUGGGAAUGCAUUAAAUUUGAACCUAACUUCUUUGUCCAUGAAAAAGCCAAUUGCUCCUCCUCUACCACCCCCAGAGUACACCAGUCCUGAAGAGAGAGCUCAAGUUUUGCCUCUAACCUGGUCGGAACAAUCUCUCGCUAAUGCCACUUUACUGGAAAACACUUAUAAAGAAACUGAUUUUGAUAUUCCUGAUAGUCUACAACUGUCAAGAGAACCUGAAGAUGUGAAUGAAAUGGAUGUAUUAUCUCCUUCAUUUUCUGUUUAUGUGGCUACAGCUGGUGGAAAAAUGGUUGGAACUCUAGGCACUACUGAAGAUCCUUGGAUAUGUACAGUGUCAAUUCUUUCUGGCCCGGGUGGAAGCUUAGUUGGAGACACAAAUGCACCUUUUGAAAAUGGAGUUGCAACUUUUGAUAACCUUCGGAUAGACUCCGCUGGAAGCGGUUACAUCCUUAAAUUUGAGAUUACAUAUCCAGUACAUACGGUGUUUCCUAUUGUUUCUCUUCCUGUAAAUGUGAGAGGUAGGCCUUUAGGCAUGAAAUUUACUUAUGACAUGGACCUAAUUGGCCAAAACACAUCCUUCAGCAUAGUCCCUGAUAUUUGGGAUGAGGCCUUAGAUAUGAUGGCCGAGGAAUCAGUACUGAACAAUUUUGAUUGGGAGUGUUCUGCUGCUCUUAUGCCUGGAGAAAACACUGGAACUCUCAAUGGAACUCUGAAUAUAACAGUUUCUGCAGGUGUUAGAGAAGUUGUCUUUGAUGAUUUGAGUAUUGAUGUUCCCGGUAUGAACUACCAAAUUCAAACCUCAUGUUAUUCUUCUGACUACAACAACGCAACCAUUGAAGCCAUUAGCCCUCCAUUCCAUGUUUAUGAGAAACCUGUAACUGGAUUACUUAGACAAACCGGAACAGCUUUUACCUUCAAAGGACCCUUUGGCAAGAUUAAAGAUCUAUUAUUCGCCUUUGAUUCUAGUAUGGGUGAAAUAUCAUGUGAAGGAUGUCCUGCUGCCAGCCUUCCAGCAGCAAGGAGGAAGAGAGAUUCCAAGCCAUUUGAUCUUGGAAAGUUGAAUUACCCUUGGUGCUUUGAUGAUGAAGGGAGAAAAAUCAACUGCUGAGUUGUUUAUAUCAAGCUGUAGAUGUUAUUAUUAAUUUGUAUCACAUAUGGACACUGAGAUAUUGUUUUCUAUAACUGUUUAAUAAAGUAUGAGCAUUUA